AUGACGAAGUCCGCGAGACGGUCCAAAGACAAAACAAUCUCCAGCUCGGGCACCUCGACGCCAAGCUCGACCUCGGGCCCCAUUCCACCCUUCACCAAGGUUCCGGCAGCCUUGAAAUCGUUCGUCGAGCCGCUAUCCUCAGAGGAGGUAUACCUAGUGCACAUCGACACGACAGUGACCGAUCAGAAAUGGCAAGCAUUCCUCGUCCCGUCGGUAGUCAACGCGGUAGUCGCCGUCGUGAUCGUGCUCCGAGUCUACAUGGGCUUUAGCGUCUACCCAGCACUCGUGGCAACUCUACUCGGGCUACAGAGCUCGAUGAGCGUGGCGCCAACGUUAUCAUGGACGGAAAAAGCGCAGAUUACCCUCCGCCGAACAGGGACCCUAUGCAUCGACUACUUCCUCGUGACACUGUUCCUGUCCUGGCCGAUCCACUUCGUACUGGGACCGGUGCGGUGGCGGCGCGCCAUCGGGUUCCGCGAGCGCGAGAUCAUCGUGCGGCGCAGCCACCGCAGCUGGAGCCAGAAACUCAAACGCAACACGUGGAUCCGCGACGACGAGGCCAUGCGCGACAAGAUCGUCGCCGCCGUCACGCCCGAACGCAUCGCCAAGACCGGAUAUUUGCUCGUCGACGCCGACUGGAACCUCGACUACGCUGCCAUGAUCCGCGCCCAUGCCCUGGUCGACCGUACGCGCAAGGGCGAUGGCGUGCAACUGGAUGAGUUCCGGACUGCCGUGCUGGUCCACACCGACGCUGACGGCUGGCUGAUCUGGCGUGUUGGCGAUGAAAACACUCCCGCUGCCCGCCAGCGGUCCGCGCAACGCGACCAGAUCCUGACUUUCAAGGAACGUUUGACCGCCAUGGGCAAGGAGGACUUGUUCUUCCGCUGGGUCGAGCUGAUCCAGUGGGAGAGUUCGCAGCCCGGCGGCUUCACCGCGGAGCGCCAACGGUCGGCUAUGGUGCAGGUUCAGCAGAUGUUCGAGCAGGAGAAUGUGGAUUUUAGCAGCUUCUGGGACGAUGUGGGUGGCCUUGAGGGUAUGGAUGAUUUCAAGACUCAAUAA